AUGACGACGCCAGGAGGGGAAGAGCGGGUGUCCGACGCCGACGUGGAACGCGUUGUGUGGCAAUACUUCAGACAAAAGAACUACAAACAUGCGCUGGAAGGGCUGGUCAAGGAUGCAGCGUCUUUGCCAUUUGCCAGGCUCGAUGAAGGAGAAGAGGCACCGGAAACCUUUAUCAAGAACGAAUUGGCGGCCGUUGUCCACCUGACAAAGUGGAUUGCCAAUUCAUUGGACUUGUACAAGAACGAGCUGAACACCGUGACCUACCCCGUAUUCGUGCACUGCUACCUGGACCUGCUGUAUCGUGGCUACGACGAAGCCGCCAAGCAGUUUAUGCUGGACUACCACCACCACCACCGGGACUUGCACGAUCUUGAACUGCAACAGAUCAUGGCCGUCACCUCUCUCGAACACAUGAAGACAAACGACACCGUCCGCAUGUUCAGGGCAAAUAAAUACAAGGUGCACCUCUGCAACUACUCCUGGGAGCUGCUGCUGGGGUUUGUGCAGGAGCACAAGUACAACUUCCUCCUGCGCAUCAUCAACCAACAUCUGUCCAUCACCUUCCACACGGGAAAACCGUCACAGCGCAUUGACGUCGGCACUAUUGGGCACGCCGUCGGCUCAGUGGACCAGCUCAACAGCAUCAAAGUGUACUGGGGAACAUACCAAGUCGUCGAGGAUCCUGAUGAGAUGGAGGGAGAGGGGAUGGACACAGCGGACGACGCGGGGGAGGGCGAAGGGAAGAGCGAAGCAGGUGGUGAACAGGCAGCAAAGAAGGCAAAAACAGGCGCAGGGGACAAAGGGAAGGAUAAGGAGGGGGACAGGGGGAAGUCGAAAGCCGCGGAGGAUGAAGACGAAGACGCAGAAGGAGAAGAAGGCGCAAAGCGGCGGCGACAGCGCAAGAAGCAGCAGGACCACCCGGACGCCCCACCCGAGGAAAUGCGACUCAAGCAUCCACCAAUCCGUGGCCGGAUGCUGCAGAUGCGACUGGAAGCGAUGCGUGACGCCCGCCGUCGCGCCGCCCUCUCUGCAAAGAACCUUCCAUCCUGCUGUGCUUACACUUUCUUCAACGCUCUCAAGUCGGUCGCGAUCACGUGCAUUUCAUUCUCUGUUGACAGCAAGCUGAUUGCCACGGGCUGCGCUGACAGCUCUGUGCGCGUGUGGACCCUCACCAAGGACAAGCUCAUGAAGCUGCUCCCCGGCACAAAACUCGCCGGCUUUGACGUUACAGCGACAAGCAAGCUCGAGGACUAUCUGGACCCGUCGACGGCGUCGGCAGCGAAGGUGAUGCGUGGGCACUCGGGGCCGGUCACGUGCGUCAACUUCAGCCCAGACAACCUCUUCCUCAUCUCAUCCUCCACAGACCACACGAUCCGCCUGUGGAGUUUGCUGACAUACACGAACGUGGUGUGCUACCGCGGCCACAGCUAUCCCGUGUGGCACGUCGAGUUCAGCCCGCUCAACCUGUACUUUGCGACGGCGAGCUUUGACCACACGGCACGGCUCUGGUCCACCGACCAGGUCUACACCAAACGGGUCUUCGCAGGCCACCUCUCAGAUGUGAACUGUGUCAAGUUCCACCCCAACUGCAACUACCUCGCAACGGCGUCCACAGACAAGUCGUGCCGCCUCUGGGACAUUCAGUCCGGGUCGUGUGUCCGCGUCUUCCAGGGCCACCGCGAUACCGUUCACGUGCUCGAGUUUACACACGAUGGCCGCUUCCUCGCAUCGGGAGGCGACGAUUGGGACAUUAUGAUUUGGGAUCUUGCGAGCGGCUGUCGCGUCAAAGUCUUGCACGGCCACAGCGACGUCGUGUACUCGCUCGCAUUCAGUCAGGAAGAUGGCGUGCUUGCGAGCGGGGGCGCAGACAAUACCGUGCGCGUGUGGGACUGUGAGUUCUUGCAGUCCGCGGCCCAGGCUACGACCACGCUCCACGAUGCACCUGACACGCUGCAGCCAGGGGAUGCGUCGCCUGAGCUUGCAGCGACGUACUACACCAAGGCGACGCCCGUGUACGCGGUGCACUUUGGAUCAACCAACUACCUCCUUGCUGCUGGCGUGUUCGUUCCAAACCCAGACAAGCACUGA